UAAAACACACAUUUAUCUUAUCUUCUCCAUGGAUAUUUAGGAUCCGAAAUAUCAAGUUCAUGAAAUCCGCAUAUGUGACCAAAGAAAAUUGAUGCAAUAUUACUCUAGAACAUGCUGUAAUGGUCAUUAAAGUUUGGUUUGUGAAGUAGAGGGCAAAUCGCAGCUGUGUGCAAAGAUCAUGGCUUCUAUUUCAGGAACUUUUCAUCAAUCGGCCAUUAAAUCUUCUCUAUCCCGAACAUUUCCUCUGCCAAAGGAGGGAGCCAGGGACUCUGUUUUUCUGGGCGUAUCACCGGUGGAAUAUGGGAAGCAAGAAUUCAGUUCACCUGCUAUCGGAGGCAAGCAGAGAACAUUAAAAAGGAAUACCCAUAUCCUUAAAAUUAGGGCACAGACCGUGGCUGCGCCAGCGAAUACACAGGAAGCCCCAGAGAGUAAAAAGACGGCAAGAAAGGGUAAUGUUAUUAUAACAGGUGCAUCCUCUGGUUUAGGGCUUGCUACUGCUAAAGCUCUCGGAGAGUCUGGGAAAUGGCAUAUUAUUAUGGCUUGUAGAGAUUUCCUCAAGGCAGAGAGGGCUGCAAAAUCUGUUGGGAUUCCUAAAGAGAAUUACACAGUCAUUCACGUGGAUUUGUCUUCUUUAGAAAGUGUAAGACAGUUUGUCGAUAACUUUAGGCGGUCUGGAAGGCCACUAGAUGUGUUGGUUUGUAAUGCUGCAGUUUAUUUGCCCACUGCCAAGGAACCAAGGUUCACAGCUGAGGGAUAUGAGUUGAGUGUGGGCACAAACCAUCUGGGUCACUUUCUGUUAUCCCGAUUGCUGAUAGAGGACAUGAAAAAAUCAGAUUCCAGUUCAAAGAGGGUCAUAAUUGUAGGAUCAAUUACAGGUAAUACAAAUACUCUUGCCGGAAAUGUUCCACCCAAGGCUAAUCUUGGUGAUCUCAGAGGGCUCGCUGGUGGUUUGAAUGGAGUCAAUAGCUCAUCCAUGAUUGAUGGGGGUGAGUUUGAUGGAGCCAAAGCAUAUAAGGACAGUAAAGUCUGUAACAUGUUAACCAUGCAGGAAUUUCACAGACGCUAUCAUGAAGACACUGGCAUCACAUUUGCAUCAUUAUACCCAGGGUGUAUUGCUACUACAGGGUUGUUCCGUGAGCAUAUUCCUCUGUUCAGGAUUCUUUUUCCACCCUUUCAGAAAUAUAUAACUAAAGGAUAUGUUUCAGAGGAAGAAGCAGGACAAAGACUUGCAAAGGUGGUUGGUGAUCCAAGUUUGAGCAAAUCAGGUGUUUAUUGGAGCUGGAACAAAGACCGUGCUUCGUUUGAGAAUCAGUUAUCUAAAGAAGCCAGUGAUGCUGAGAAAGCUAGAAAAUUAUGGGAAGUUAGUGAGAAGCUUGUAGGACUUGCUUGAUGUUCACCUAUGUUCAAUAUGGUAGGUGCAUUUUUGGCUUAUUUUGCCAAAUAUUUGUGUGUGUUGUUAAGAUGGAAGAGUUAGUUUGAGCUUACAAAAGUGAGGAGAUAGUGACAAAUAGUUCUGGAGCUUUGUCAUGCUUUAAUUUCAGCACCUAGAUAAAAUGACAUUGCUUCAAUUAUCCAAAAGGUUAAGUUGGUCAUAGCCAUACCUUUUUAAUGAAAAACUAUUUUGUUAGACA